AUGGUCGAUAACGAUGAAUUAAAGAAUCAAGUAUUUAAAAAUGUAUCAGAGGAAAUAAAAAAUGCAUUUGAUAUGGCUAAAACGUUAAAUAAAGAUAAAAACAGCGAUCAAUCGUCUCACAUGACUCGAGCUCAUUUAUUAGGCAUGAAAGUGAAUGAACUUGAUGGAAAAUAUAUUGGUCCACAUAAUACUUUACGUGAACCACAAUUAGAAAUGUUUUCAGUUGAUUCAUCUUUAAAUUGGCAGUAUUGA